GACCUGACAGUUACAAAAUAGAAAUUAGAAUACUUUUACAAAUUACAAUUUACAACAACUAUCUUGUGAAUUUAAAAUUACUGUCUCAACUUAUUGAUAUGACUGGUUUUGGUAAUGACAAUGUUCACAGUUUGAUAUAAUGAACCCAACGUCAGCGGUCUUUUAUACUUUAUAUUAAUCUUAUUUGGUCAACACAACACAAAUACAGUAUGGAAUCUCAAUUUGUUAGUAAAUUUAAACAACUUGAUGCCUAUGCCAAAACAUUGGAAGAUUUCAGGGUGAAAACGGCAACCGGCGCAAUAAUUACAGUAUCUGGUGCAGUAAUAAUGGUCCUGCUAAUCCUCUCUGAGUUGCAUACAUAUAUGUCACCUAAUAUUUCAGAGGAAUUAUUUGUAGACACAUCAAGAGGGCACAAACUAAGGAUAAACUUUGAUAUUAUUGUGCCUAGAAUAUCAUGUGAUUACUUAGUGUUAGAUGCCAUGGACUCUUCGGGGGAGCAACACCUACAAAUGGACCACAAUAUACAUAAACGAAGAUUAGAUUUAGAUGGUCUACCAAUAGAGGAACCAAAGAAACAAGAAAUAGCUCUUUCCUCUACAGUAAAACAAAACUCAUCAGAAGUAGCAAAAGUUAUGUGUGGCAGCUGUUAUGGUGCCGCCUUAAAUGAUACACAGUGCUGUAAUACUUGUGAAGAUGUUAAAGAAGCAUAUAGAAUAAAACGCUGGGCUUUACCUGAUUUAGCAACAAUAGAACAAUGUAAAGAUGACGAGUCAUUAGAAAGAACGAACCUUGCUCUAAAAGAAGGAUGUCAAAUAUAUGGAUACAUGGAAGUUAACCGGGUUGGUGGUAGUUUUCACAUAGCUCCAGGCAAAAGCUUUACCAUUAAUCAUGUGCAUGUACAUGAUGUACAACCAUUUUCUUCGUCAGUGUUCAAUACAACACAUAUAAUAAAACAUCUAUCGUUUGGAACUGACAUUGAAGGUGCUAAUACAGCUCCAUUGGAUGGAGUACAGGGUGUGGCUACAGAAGGUGCUGUUAUGUUCCAGUAUUAUUUAAAAAUAGUUCCAACAGUAUACAUUAAAUUAGACAAUACAAUUUUACAUACAAAUCAGUUCUCUGUAACAAGACAUCGAAAACCUGUAUCUAAUGUAAAUGUUGAAUCUGGUAUGCCAGGGGCUUUUUUCAGUUAUGAACUAUCACCCCUAAUGGUAAAAUAUACAGAAAAGGAAAGAUCAAUAGGCCAUUUUGCUACAAAUAUUUGUGCAAUUGUGGGAGGAGUGUUCACUGUCGCUGGCAUUUUUGAUACCCUUUUAUAUCAUUCACUUAAUGCUAUUCAACACAAAGUUGUUCUAGGAAAAGCAGGCUAAAUAACAACAAGUUCUACAAAGUUUUUAGAAAUAUGUUGAAAUCAUCAACAUGACAUUUACCAUAAUUUCUACAAAACUCUACAUCAGUAUCUUCAUAUAAUGCUGUAAUUGGUACAUAGUUUUCUUUAUUAGGAUUAUAUUGAGCCCUUCCCAACUUUUCUAAGAACAUAUGUCUUUGUUUUAUUAGAAAAUUUCGAUAUAGAAGCACAUUGGAAUGACGCAAUAUAGUAGAAUGCUGUAUUUUCAUGACAUUGUGGAGAUAAUUAAAUCUCUGUAGCAAGGAUUUCUGAUCUGAAACAAAAAUUAUUAAAAUUAAUUAUGCAAAAAAUAAUAUAUUUUUCAUCCAAA